CACUCCACUCCACUCCACUCUCGCCGGUCAUCACCACCCGACCACCGUCACGCGGUCCUCUCACGGAAUACGCGAAAGCAUUAAGGCGAGCAGCCGCAGCGAACAGCCGACAAUCUCUUUCCUUCCCUUCUCACCCCCCGGAGCGCAAGAAAAGCUCGGAUUCUUGUGGUUUCCCCCAACCCCCCUCCUCGAUCUGAGCACUCCCUGCUUCCCUUCCCCUCCCCAGAUGGUCGCCUCCCGCUUCCUCUAAAUCUUCCGCUGCUGCAACGGCAAGCUCCCCCCCCCCCCCCCACACACAACUUGUUGGUUGUCCUGCUGUGGCCAAUGGCGGCCAAGGGAGGUAGCGCGAGGGGCGUCUCGGUGGCCGCGCUGCUGGUGGCCGCGCUCCUCCUCGUCGCAGUCGGUCCCGCCUCCGCGUCCUCGUACCCUGCAAGAGUGGUGACCGGGUUCCUCACCAAUGCGGCGUCGGCGGUGGUGAAGCGGCUGUGGUCGCUCAAAUCCACUGCGAAGGCAGCGAGCGGAGGGAAGUCAAUGGUGAAGUACGAGGGCGGGUACACCGUGGAGACGGUCUUCGACGGCAGCAAGCUGGGGAUCGAGCCGUACACCGUGGAGGUCACCCAGGGCGGCGAGCUGCUCGUCAUGGAUUCCAUGAAUAGCAACAUCUACAGGAUGGCUCUGCCGCUGUCCCGAUAUAGCAGGCCGAAGCUUGUUGCUGGUUCCCCAGAAGGAUAUCCUGGUCAUGUUGAUGGAAAGCUGCGAGAAGCGAGGAUGAACCAUCCAAAGGGAUUUACGGUGGACGAAAGGGGUAACAUCUAUGUGGCUGAUGCCAUGAACAUGGCUAUUAGAAAGAUCAGUGAUACAGGGGUUACUACUAUUGCUGGGGGAAAAUCAAACAGAGGGGGGCAUGUUGAUGGACCAAGUGACGAGGCAAAAUUUUCUACUGAUUUUGAAGUCCGUUACAUUGGCAGUAGCUGCUCCCUUUUGGUGAUUGACAGAGGAAACCAAGCAAUUCGGGAGAUUCAGCUCCACUUUGAUGACUGUGUGUACCAGUAUGAAGCUGGUUUUCCUCUAGGAGUUGCACUACUUGCUGCUGCGGCUUUCUUUGGCUACAUGCUUGCAUUGCUCCAACGCCGGGUGUUAGGGAUGGUGUCAACUGAAGAUGAGCAGGAACUUCAAAGUCCAGUAAAAUCUAAAUUAUCAAGCAUUCCGCCUCCAUACCAGAAGCCACUGACACCUUCCCUUCGCCCCCCACUAAUUCCAAAUGAGUACGAAUCUGGGAAACAAGAAGAUGAAGAGGGGUUUUUCUCCAUUGGCAAACUCAUCGGCGGAGCAAAAUCGUCAAUUGCCGAGAUUGUCGGUGCAGCAUUCUCCAGGAAGAAGCGUGCAAACAUUCAUCAGCAACUGGGUAGACCAACCUCCUGGCCAGUACAAGAAAGCUACGCCAUCCCGUGCGACGAGACCCCUCCACCACUGGAUACAAGAACGCCGACCCCUCGGAAGAACUACGCCUUCAUGUCAAAGGAGCCGGAGAAGAUCCAUCACAUCCGGCAUGGCCGGCCUCAGUUCAAUGGCUGGACCGGAGAAACACCUCAGCAGCAGCAGCAGACGCAGCCACAGCAAGUGCAUCACCAGCAGUACCUGCAACAUCACAGGCACUACUCUGCAGGACCGCAAACCUUUUACGAGCCCAGCUGUCAGGCAACAAACGAGAUCGUCUUUGGAGCUGUGCAGGAGGGGGACAGCAGCCGCCUUGCCCUGGAAAUCAAGGCCAUGAACUAUGGUGAUGCGCUGUACGAGCAGAAUGGACUGCGGUACCGCAACAAUUACAUGGGCUACAACUGCAACCAGUAGAGGAAGAUCAGCUGUUUUUUUUUCCAGUCACAUGACUAGAAGAUUUAAAAUGCAUCCGUUCUAGUGUUUUAGCGUCCCCUGUUGUACUAGCUGUAAGCCUGUAAGAAAAAGAGAAUAGAGAAAUGGAGGAAGUACCAGUCGCCAGAUUGAUUCGUGCAACGGAAAAGCUGGUUAUUGGUAGAAGAACGUCGUGAUCUUGGUUCUUGGACUCUUACUGACGGUGACAAAUAUAUGGAUGUAAGUGAAAUGCGUUUUGA